AUGACGUCAACCAAUACAUUAACAUUUAGUGUUACCAAAAAAUCACCUGAGUUGCUUUAUCCAGCAGAGUCCACACCACAUGAAUUCAAAUAUCUCUCUGAUAUAGAUGACCAGACAUUCCUCCGAACAUAUGUUAGAGGAAUAAAUUUCUACAAAAAGAAUCCAUCCAUGGAAGGGAAAGAUCCAGUUAAGAUUAUUCGUAAGGCUAUUUCCAAAGCCUUGGUCUUUUACUACCCGUUGGCCGGGCGGUUGAGGGAACGCACUUGUCGGAAGCUCGUGGUCGAAUGCACCGGCCAAGGGGUAGUGUUCGUUGAGGCUGACGCGGAUGCGACGCUUCAGCAUUUAGGAGUGGAUGCCCUUUAUCCACCCUUCCCCAACUCGAAUGAUCUUGUUCUUGAUGUGCCAAACAACCUUGGAAUAUUGGAUGAUAUUCCACUUAUGUUCAUUCAGGUUACGCGAAUGAAAUGUGGGGGAUUUAUAUUUUCAAAUUGUUUCAAUCACACAAUGGGCGACGGUAUCGGCAUUUCCCAAUUUCUCUCUGCCGUGGGUGAACUAGCUCGCGGUGCAUCCGCCCCUUCUAUUCGACCAGUUUGGGACCGACAUCUUCUCACUGCCAUGGAGCCUCCACGCGUGUCAUUCGCACAUCGUGAAUAUGAUGUCGCAACUGGUACAAGUAGUGGAACCUAUGCCCCGCUUGAUCAGAUGGUGCAACGCUCCUUCUAUUUUAGUCCUGCCCAAAUCUCAGCCCUCCGCCACAGCCUGCCACCACAUCUCCAGCGCUGCUCCAAAUUCGAUAUCGUUGCAGGCUGCGUGUGGCGCUGCCAGACGAUUGCCCUCUCUCCUAAACCCGACGAAGAGAUUAGAUUCUCGUGUGUAACGGAUAACCGAAACCAAAUAAACCCACCUCUUCCAAUAGGGUACUAUGGAAACGUUAUAGCGUUUCCGGUAGCAGUAACGACUGCAGGUGAGUUAUCAAAGAAUCCGCUGCACUACGCGGUGGAGUUGGUGACUAAGGCAAAGCGCGAAGCAGCAAAUAGUGAUUACCUGAAAUCAGUGGCGGGUCUAAUGGUAAGGCGAGAUCGCCCUAAUUUGACAGCUGUGAACACUUAUAUAGUGUCGAAUAUAACGCACGUGGGCUCAAACCAAAUGGAUGUUGGGUGGGGCACGGCGGCGUACGCUGCGGUGUUUAAAGGAGUUUAUUGGCAGCCCGGUAAUAUUCAAGUAGCAUGGUACUUAGGAUUUAAAGAUGGUUUCGUGGUUCCGGUUUGCCUACCUCUCGAAUCCAUGAAAGUCUUUGAGAAACAUGUUCAGGUCAUGACGACUACCGCUCCAACAGCUUUCUCUUUGUGAUAUGGACAUCCCAUCAAGCUCAAGCUCCAAACACUUAUAUGAAUACUGAGUUUGUUAGAAAGGAAAUAAUUAAUAAUGUUACUAAUUAGAGGGAAUAUAAAUCUAUGUAAUUGGUAAUUUUCAUAUUACCUUGUAUAUCGUUUUCUAACCCUAUAUAAAGAUGGUGGGUCAUGUUAUCACAAUUAAUCAAUGAAUAUACAAUAGUUCUCCCAUUA